AUGGGCAGCACUCCAGCUGAGAAGUCCAUGAUGGCCUUGGUCGACCUUUUUCACAAAUACGUUGGGAGUGAUGACAAGAUAGACAAGCCCAGCCUGUCGAGGAUGGUGAAGGACCAUUUCCCCAACUUCCUCAGUGCCUGUGAAAAGAAGGGCAAAGAUUACUUGGGCAAUGCAUUUGAGAAAGCGGACGAAGAUAAAGACGGGAAGAUUGACUUUUCCGAGAUCCUCUCUGUGCUGGGGGGCAUCGCCUCCGACUACCACAACCAGAGCCACGGAGCAGAGCCCUGCUCCAGAGAAGGCCAGUGA